AUGGCGCGGGAUGCGUCGACGCCGACGCGGGCGAUGGAUCGGGCGAAGGGUGGGGUCGGGGAGAAACGACGGGCGGCGGCGAUGAUGACGACGCCGACGCCGCGCGCGGCGGACCGAGGGGGGGGGGCUGGGCGAGGGAAGGAGACGCCGGAGAGCGUCGUUCGAGCGCCGAUGGCGGGCGGGGAUACGCUGUGGUCGCCCGUCGCGGUGCGCGCGAGCGUCGGGGGCGGUGGAGGGUUGGAGAGCCCGGAACGCUCGGGAGGGACGCCGACGCUCGGGGGCGAGUCGGGAGACGAGGAGACGCGCGAGGCGACGAUGGCGAUGCCGGCGGCGACGGCGACGAUGGGUGACGGUGCCGAAGGGUAUACGUAUGGAACGCCGCCUUCGUCGCCUAGCGCGAGGAAUAGCGCGCCGGCGUGCCCGGCGACGCCGUUCAAGGCGCGAAGAACUCGUCAAAUCGGCGCCGACGACUCGUCGGCGCCGAGGCCUCGAGGACGCGUCGUGCGAUCUUUACUCGAAGAAUUUGACGCCGCGGAGCGCGGACUUGAGGAUAUGUUGGGCGACACGCACAGCGAAAACACGACGUUGCGGACUCUGGACGAUGGGUUCGAUCCGUUUGACGAUCCCGAGUGA